AUGAGUUCGAAGGCAGUCAUCUCAGUCAUUGGAUCACUCAAUGUCGAUCUCGUCACCCGCACCUCUCGUAUUCCGGUAGCGGGCGAGACACUGACCAGCGAGUCCUUCAACAUCGGUUAUGGAGGGAAAGGCGCUAACCAGGCUGUCGCGUGCGCGCGCUUGUCUCGGACCCAGCAACAAGCGUCCGAGGGUAAGGCCUCUGAUAUUGAGGUCCGCAUGGUCGGCGCUGUCGGCGACGAUGAAUUCCAUGAGGGCUUCUUGAAAAGCUUGCAAAAGGAUGGCUUGAAGACAAAUGCGGUCAAGGUCUUGAAGGGGAAGAAGACUGGUGUUGCCGUCAUCACAGUUGAGACGAGCACCGGAGAAAACAGGAUUAUGUUUUGCCCUGGAGCGAACUACGAUGUUGAAGUCAAGAAUCUGGUCGACGAUGACACCAGCGUUGCUUUGUUCCAAUUAGAGCUGCCCAUGGAAGUCGUGCUGCAUAACAUGAAGACUGCCCGCGAAAAGGGUGUGGAGACUAUCAUCAACCCAGCGCCAGCGAUCCCGCUGCCUGCAGAAGCAUACGAGGGCCUUGGUCACCUGAUCGUUAACGAGACCGAGGCUGCGAUCCUUUCUGGCAUCGAGAGCCCGACGUCUUGGGACAAAGUUGCAGCUGUCUUCAUCUCUCGCGGUGUGCAAAACGUGAUCAUCACCCUCGGAGGCGAGGGUGUCUUCUAUCAGACCGCUAAGCAACAAGCAGAGUCGAAAAGUGGUCGUGUAGUACCAGCACAGAAAGUCAAGGUUGUCGACACGACAGCGGCCGGUGACACUUUUGCUGGUGCAUACACUGUGGCUGUAGCACAUUGGAAGUCCAUGUCCCGGGGCGCUGGCUUCAAUCUCGACGCAGCUAUUGCACACGCUAACCGGGCUGCUUCUAUGACAGUACAGAAGGCCGGCGCGCAGUCAAGUAUUCCUUGGAAAGAUGAAGUACCUGAGACAUAG